AUGGAUUCCAAAAUUGAAACCCUACUAAAAGCUAUCCACGACACUAAUGCCCAAGUUCAAAAAACUAAUACUCAAGUCCAAAAUACCAAUGCCCAAGUCCAAGCAAACAAUGCCCAAAUUCAUGACUUAACCACAAUAUCCACCCAGGUUAAUGCCCGACUCGAUUCAAUUGAGGCUUCACUUCAAAGGGUUAUUGAAUCCCAAAGAGAUAGUACUCCCCAUUUACCGGGUCUUGAUGAGGACGACACCUUAGAACAAAUCCUAGAACAACAAGGCUCGGUUCGGCAGGACAACUUUGAUAAUAGGUCUGUUCCAGGUCACCAUUAUGCCUUCCCUCGUCUUAGAGGACCUGGUCCCAUUCCUCAUGUUGAUAAAGGUCACCGACAUACCGUAGAACCCAGAGAACCUCGUGACCCUGAUGAAGAUAUAAUGCGAGGCAUUAGGAUUGAAGCCCCCACUUUUGAUGGUCGUCUUGAUCCAAAGGUCUUCUCCGAUUGGCUACACGAAAUGGACCACUUCUUUGAGUGGUACAAUCUGUCGGAGGGAAAAAGGGUCCGAUUCGCUAGAAUGAAACUCCUUGGUCGAGCUAAGUUGUUUUGGCAAGAUACUGAACAACUGUUAGCCAGGAGACAUCAGCCUGCUAUUACAGAUUGGGUAGAAAUGAAAGAAAAAUUGAAAGAAAAAUACCUUCCACUAAGUUAUCAAGCUGACCUCCUAGAUCGAUGGAACAAUUUACGACAAGGUAGCCGCACAGCUACUGAUUACAUCGCCCAAUUUGAUGAAUUUAUGAUGCGAAGUAAUAUAGCUGAAGAUGAACGUAUGAUCUUAAGCCGGUUUCGACGAGGCCUAAAUGAUGAGCUUAGGAAAGAACUUGUCCUUCGUGAAGUGGCCACCUUAGACCAAGCAUAUACAUUUGUGCAAAACUACGAACAAUUCUCCAAAUCUAUGUUUGCUAGGCGCCCUGACACCAGGCGUGUUCCCACUAGUGCCCAACCAUCUGGACCCAGACCCCCAGUCGGUUCUGUCCCACCUAAACCCUUUUCUUCUCCACCUAUCCAAAAUCGAGAUAUUAAAGGCAAAGAAAUUUUAGGUGAACCUCCAAAAACAAGCUCAAGAAUUCAGUGCUUUAAAUGCCAAGGGUUUGGUCAUGUUGCCUCCCAAUGUGCAAAUCAGACCCUUGUUAUUGAUGCACAUGAACAGAAGGAUGACAUAGAUAAUUUGGAGGAACAAAUUUAUGAGCCUAAUUUAGAUGAUAUUCAAGAUGUCGAAGAUGAACCCGAGGAAGAAUCACACACUUUAGGUUGUAUCCGACCUACUCCCCAGAUAAUUGCCCACGAACCUGACCGAUCCACUAUGAAUGUAGUAAGGUGUGCAAUUACCCAGCCUAAGGAGACUGAUGACUGGAGACGAACCUCAAUUUUCCACACUUACAUUAAGUGCGGAGAAAAAGAUUGUAAAGUUAUCAUUGAUAGUGGGAGCUGCAUUAAUGCAAUAUCUUCCAGCAUUGUCGCCCGCUUGGGUCUGACUCCUAUGUCCCAACCUCAACCAUAUAAGGUUUCCUGGAUCGACACGUCGUCCAUUCACAUUGAGGAACGGUGUCUUGUACCUAUUCAAAUCCUUUCUUAUACAGACACCGUCUGGUGUGACGUACUCCCAAUGGACGUAGGUCAUCUGAUAUUAGGUAGACCUUGGUUGUUCGAUCACGAUGUCACCAUCUACGGUCGAACUAACUCUUGCUCUUUUGUAUUCCAGGGUAAAAAGAUUAAGCUUAAUCCUUUACGGCCCAAAACGCUAGAUAAGAGUACGAACAAGAGUAAAUCAAAGGGGAAGGAACUGCAUAUCCUUAAUCCCACGGAAUUUGAGAGGAACGUCUUUAAGGACUCUCCGGUGUUUGCCCUGCUAGUUAAAGAACUUCAGCCACAUCUUAAAAGCACAUUAUCGGCUGAAUCCCUCGCUAUCCUCGAGGAGUUCAAAGAAGUUUUUCCUGAGGAUCUCCCGGAUCAUUUACCCCCUUUGCGUGAUAUUCAGCACGCCAUUGAUCUAGUCCCGGGAGCUACCCUUCCUAACUUGCCCCAUUAUCGGAUGAACCCUUCUGAUCAUGCAGAGCUCCUAAGGCAAAUUAGCGAGCUUCUACAAAAGGGAUUUAUUCGGGAGAGUCUAAGUCCUUGUGCCGUACCUGCCCUCCUUACUCCAAAAAAAGAUGGGACUUGGAGAAUGUGUGUAGACAGCCGGGCUAUUAAUAGAAUCACGGUCAAGUACCGUUUUCCUAUUCCCCGGCUCGAUGAUAUGUUGGAUAUGAUGGCAGGUGCCACGAUUUUCUCCAAGAUUGACUUAAAAAGUGGCUACCAUCAAAUCCGGAUUCGUCCAGGAGAUGAAUGGAAGACAGCAUUUAAGACAAAAGAUGGCCUCUAUGAAUGGCUGGUAAUGCCUUUUGGCCUCUCAAACGCUCCUAGUACAUUUAUGCGAGUGAUGACUCAAGUACUCCGGCCUUUCAUGGGCAAAUUUUUAGUCGUGUACUUUGACGAUAUCCUUAUUUAUAGCCAAUCUAAAGAGCAACAUUUAGGUCAUUUAAGGCAAGUUUGUACGACUUUACGCAACGAGAGCCUCUAUGCUAACCUUAAGAAGUGUUCAUUUUUCACUACUCACGUCAACUUCUUACGGUAUAUAGUCUCCUCUGAGGGUUUAUCUGCUGACCCUGUGAAAAUCACUGCAAUUGUUGAAUGGCCUGAACCUAAGAAUAUUACUGACUCCGUAGUUUUUACGGCCUUGCCACAUUUUACCGUCGUUUCAUAA